AUGGUUUAUGAUUUAAAUGUUUCUCCAACUAACAUGAUAUCGAAAUUUUUUCAACUUAAAAAACUUUUUCUUGAUCAAAUUGAAUCGACAUAUAUGGAAAAAAUUCUUCAUCAAUUAAUUUCUCUACCAUUUCUAACUUCAUUAACUAUCUUUAUGGUUGAUCCUGUUAAUAAUAUUAAUACUUUGUAUCUUCAAAUAUUUAAUCUACCUACAUUAAAAUAUUGUCAAUUAUCAUUGAAAGAAGGUUUGACAAGAGAACUGUUACCAAUGGCAAGUAAUCAACAUAGUUCAAUCGAAUAUCUUGUUAUCAACAAUAUUAUAAAUAUCAAUCGAUUGAUUAAUUUAUUAUCGUAUGUUCCUCAACUUCGUCGUCUUACCAUUCAUUCAUUAGAAGAAUCUUAUCAUAAACAAAUAUGUCCUAUUAUGUUAAAUCAUUUGACACAUGUUUCUCUCACAUUAAAGAACAUUAAUUUUCAUGAAUUUAGACAAUUCAUCAUAGACUUUUGUUCUACAAUUAAUGUUUUACGUAUUACAAUAAAACAUUUUAUAGAUUCAUCAUAUGUAGAUAAUAAGAAGUGGGAAGAGUUGAUAUCAUCAUAUAUACCAAAUUUACGUAUAUUUGAUAUUCAAUAUGAAAAUUAUUUCAAUUCUAUUCAUUCCUCUAGGAAUGAUGUUCUUUUUAAUCAAGCAAUAUCAAAUGUUCUGAUCAAUAAGUUUACAUCUUCAUUUUGGAUUGAACGAGGUUGGUUUUUUGCACAACAAAAUUAUCAAUCAAAUCGUACAAUUUUCUACUCAACAAAUCCAUAUAGAAGAAAUACUUAUACAUUAUGUGGAAAAUUUGAAAAAAAAACUUGUUUAAAUACUUGUGAUAAUAAUUUGAAGUCUGUUCGUCAUGUUCAUAUUCAAAAUAAAAAAGCAAUGAACAAGUGCAAAUAUUAUUUUCCAAAUGUCAUUGCAUUGACUAUCAACAACAAUGAUACUAAAUCUUAUAAUUCAUUUUCAACUAUUCUUAGAAAUAUCAUUCCUUCAAAACAACUGACUAAACUAAUUAUCGAAUGUAGUCAGUUUUCUUUUAUAGAAAUACUUGAUCUAUUAUGUUCUAUGCCAAAUAUUCAUACAUUAAUAUUCUUAUCAAUACCAAGAUUUAAACACAAGUUUCAUAUCGUUAAAAAAAGCGAAAAAUUACAAUUAUUAUCCAAUAUCAAUACUAUAACAGAUAUGACAAUUAUAGGAUCACUUAAAUUUGAAGAAAAUCAAUUGUUUAUUAAUUCAUGUCAACAUUUACAACAUCUUAUAAUUAAUACAACUAUAGAUGAUUUAGAAAUGGAUAUUCGAUUAUUAUCGAAUAAAUAUCAUUGUCACAAUCUUCAUUUUUAUUCAUUAUGUAUUUUAAAAGCAACAACAUAUUGGGCUAUGAAAGUACAAUCAUUGAUUCGAUCCGAGAAAUUACUUAAUAACUAUAUAUUAAAAUUAGUAGGUUCGAACUUAUAUUUAUGGUGGUAA